UCGGGUUAUCCACUGUUUUUAGUUCAAUUUAUGUUCCUGUACAUAAGUAGACAUAUAUUAUGUAAAGAUUUCUCCCUGCAAUUUUUAGAAUGUGAUGACGGAACAUUUGGGAAAUUCUGCAGUAACAUAUGUGGUCAUUGUCAAGAGGGUGACAAAUGUGACAAAGAGACGGGGGCGUGUCCUUAUGGAUGUCAACCAGGGUACGAAGGAAUCUACUGCAACCAAACAUGCCAAACUGUAUACUAUGGACCCCAUUGCGACAAAAUAUGCAACAGCUCUUGUCUAAAGCAAAGGUUUUACUCUGAUAAAGAAGACUGUUUACAGGAAUAUGGCAAACCAUUGGAAAAAGAGGACUGUGGAAACACAAAAAUAUUUGUUGGUUUUGGUGUGUCGGUAGUCCUAUCAGCUGUGAUACAUGUAGUAGCACUCGUCAUAGCAUACAAAAGAAACUUGUACAGACACUGUGGCAAGAAGGAUCAAACGUCUACCUCAGUGUCACGGAAAUCAAAUAAACAAGUCAUCAGCCCAAACAACGAACUUGCUCUCAAUGAUAACAUUCAAGACUCCAAAGGUUCAGUGGAGCCAUCUCCACAAACGUCUGGAUUUUACAUGAAACUGACGGAAUCACAAUACAACACCACCACUGAAAAUGUUUAUGAACAAGUUUGAAAAUGUAUAUUUAAUUGUUCUUUCAAUGUCAUGUCACCCAAUGUUUUUUGUUUCUGUUAAGGCAGAUUCUAAUUCUUUGUAGACUGCGAUUUGUUUUCUUUACUGAUUAUGUAAAUCAACUGAAUUAAUUUAAUUUGAGGCUUAUCUGUAUACGUGUAUAAUGGAGAAAUUAAUUACAACUAGCAUACUAUUAAUUGGAGCUACUUGAAUUAAACUUCACAUAUUAAACACUAAACAAAGCAUCUAUAACAGCUUUAAACAUUAGAAUAAUGCGUUUAUUCUUUAUUUUAUAGCUAGCAACGUCAUGAUUUAGAUUGCGUAGAUUUCGCUCUAGUCGUACAUGUGUUAAUUGCAAUCAAUUUCUGUAAAAAAAAAAAGAAGGGUAAAAUUACCUAAUAGAUGUAAAUUUAUCAAAACAAUGUCCCCUCUUUCGUCUUGGAAAACAGUGAUCCUUUAAACCAUUUGAUAUUAUGAAUCGUAGGCUAAACUUUAUACUGAAUCACAAAAAGUGAGCAAUCUCACAUACCCCAAGCUCCCACGUUCUUUUUGAAAACACUAGUCAU